UUGAGCUUCCCGUAUUUUCAAUAAUAGGAGGGGAUCCUGAUCCCUAGAACACCGUUCUUCCAAAACCCUCACCCUCCAAAAAAACAAACUCUCUCUGAAAUCUGCAACCAUGUACGGAGGCGAUGAGGUAUCAGCUAUGGUAAUCGACUUGGGCUCGCACACCUGCAAAGCUGGUUACGCCGGCGAAGAUGCGCCGAAAGCUGUGUUCCCGUCUGUUGUCGGAGCAAUUGAUCAAAUGGAGGUGGAUGACACUGAAAAAACUGAAAAUAACUCUGGAUCUGCUGUAGAUUCUAAAAACACUGUCAGAACGCUUGAUUCUGAAAAAGCCAAGGGGAAACGCAAAUUGUUUGUUGGAUCUCAAGCCUUAGGUUUUCGCCGGGAUCAUAUGGAGGUUCUGUCACCCAUAAAGGAUGGAGUUGUUGUUGACUGGGAUAUGGUUGACAACAUAUGGGACCAUGCUUUUAGGGAAUGCCUAUUGAUUGAUCCUAAAGAGCAUCCAAUGCUACUUGCAGAACCAUCUUCCAAUACUCAACAACAAAGAGAAAGGACGGCAGAGCUUAUGUUUGAGAAGUACAAAGUUCCCGCACUAUUUUUGGCCAAGAAUGCUGUUCUCACAUCUUUUGCAUCAGGGCGUGCUACCUCAUUAGUUGUUGACUGUGGUGGAGGAUCAACUACAGUUGCCCCAGUGCAUGAUGGUUAUGUUCUUCAGAAGGCUGUGGCAUCUUCUGCAAUUGGAGGAGAAUAUCUCAGUGAUUGCUUAUUGAAAAGUUUGGAAAGCAAAGGUAUUAUGAUAAAACCCAGAUUUUCAUUCAAGAGAAAGGAAACUCGGCCAGGAGAGUUUCAGACAGUAGACAUGGAUUUUCCAAAUACAACAGAAAGCUACAGGCUUUACUCCCAGAGGGUAAUCUCCAGUGAUAUUAAGGAAUGUGUAUGUCGGGCCCCAGAUACUCCAUAUGAUGAAAGUGCUUAUUCCAACAUUCCAAUGACACCAUACGAGCUACCUGAUGGCCAGACAAUUGAAAUUGGAUCUGACAGAUUCAAGAUUCCUGAUAUUCUAUUUAAUCCAUCGUUGGUUCAGACAAUUCCUGGUAUGGAUAAUUUUGCGGAGAUUGCUCCUUCAGUUCGUGGUUUGCCACAGAUGGUAAUAGACAGUAUUAAUAGAUGUGACGUGGAUAUUCGGAGAGAGCUAUUCAGUAGUAUACUGCUUGCUGGUGGCACAGCAUCAAUGCAACAGUUGAAGGAACGCCUUGAGAAAGAUUUGCUAGAAGAGUCUCCUCAAGCUGCUAGAGUUAAAGUAUUGGCGAGUGGAAAUGCAACAGAAAGGAGAUUCAGUGUCUGGAUAGGAGGGAGCAUAUUGGCUUCUCUUGGUUCAUUCCAGCAGAUGUGGUUCUCCAAGGCAGAGUAUGAAGAGCAUGGGGCUUCUUAUAUUCAAAGAAAAUGCCCUUAACAUGCCAUCUUUCUUAAUGAAUGGGAAUAGGAAUGAUGUAUGUGCAAUAUACAACCGGAGGCUAUAACCAAAUGUGGCAUUUAAUAAUUUUGAUUAGUAUUUUAUGCUUGCUACCGAUAUAUAUGGAUGACCAUGACGGGAGAACUUGUGUGUA